AUGUCCUCGUAUGGUACGAGUUUGAAUCUCUUAUUCUUCUACAUAACUUGGACAACCUUGGUGCUUUCGCAUUCACCACUGAAGGUUGAGAUUGUGGGAACCAUUGCAGUCCGGUUACUGUUUUAUUUGAUACCAUCAUUGAUCUUCUUCCUUUUUGAUGUGCUCGUUCCUUCCGCUGCAGUGAUAUUGAAAGCACACGGAUCGCAUGGUCUACCGUCGGGAAAGAAAAGGAAAAGCGGGAAAAAGGAGGCCAAGGUAGCGGCGUGUGCGGUGUUUAAUUUGCUGCUGGGAUUGCUGGUGCAAGCAUCCAUCGAGGUCUGUUUGACGAAGGGAUUAAAGAUGAAAAGUGCGAUAAAAGUUUCCACGCGAUUGCCAUUGCCUUGGGAGAUUUUGACAGACCUCUUACGUGGUCUGUUUGGUCGCGAGCUUCUUGAAUAUAUAAUACAUCGCUAUAUUUUGCACUCAUCGACUCUCCGUGUCGCCAAAAACCAUGAUACAUGGUACCAUGCGCUGCAUACACCUUACCCUCUAACCGCUCAUUACGACCAUCCGAUCCCAUACCUUCUUCUAAGAUUCCUUCCGAUGUUUCUCCCGGCGGCCAUCUUCCGUUUUCAUUUACUGUCCUUUAUCCUAUAUCUUUCGUUGAUCUCCUUGGAAGAGACGUUUGCAUACUCUGGAUACAAGGCCAUGCCUACAAGUUUCUUUAUCGGAGGAAUCGCGAAACGGGUCGAGAUGCACCUGACGAAUAGUGGUAAUGGAAACUACUCACCAUGGGGAAUUAUGGACUGGAUUUUUGGAAGCUCGAUCGGUGAUAGCGUUGCCGAUGACAGCCUCGAGGAUACGGAGGAGCUUGAUGUUGAUGAGCUGGCAGAGAAACUUAUGGAGAGAUCAAGGAAGAGACGAAGAGGUCUAAAGAGGCAGUCGAGAAAGAGGACUGACUCCUAA